GGUAGGUUGUAUACGUCAUACAGGUAGAUGUAGUAUUAAUCUGUCCACAGAACUUAAUAUGUAACUGUUAGUCCAACUUGUUAAAACAAUGAAAAUUGUUAUCCUGAUACUGGUUGUCGUUGACUAUUGUCUAGGAUUACCAGACUGUACGGACUCGUGGUUAGAUUUUAGAGGUUACACGUACACCGUGGAUCCAGUAACCAAGGAAAAGGUUUGGUCUCAUUGUAAAUUCCCCAAUCCAACAGCUGAUCUAACACGAUGUGGACUACCAGUAUCUAGUGGACGAGGUUAUAUCUGUGAUCCAGAUGGACUCCUUGCUUCUUCAAGCACUGCUACUGUUCAAAUUAACCAACAAUUGAUCGCCAUUCAGCAGAACACGUCAACAUUAUGUGAGAGUAGUGAGAACCAGCGACAGAGUUAUAUUGUUGCCGUCGCACUGGUUGAUAGAAUAAGAAUGGCCGAUUCACGAGAUGCCACCAGUUGUAUCAACGAUUGUAAUGAACUACAACCAACUCUAAACACCACAUCACGAGCUCCAACUGACCAGGAAAUUGACACUAUGAUGGCUAACUUCGCUAACAGUCUACGAUCGUCAUGGAAACUUGGUGCCUGUGAGAAUGACGUCAUUGUGUUUUAUAGCAAGGAAUAUAACAGGGUUUACACAUCUGUUGGUGCUAAGGCAACGCAAUAUUUAUCAGGAAGCAAGCUAUCAUCACUGCACGACACCUUUCUAUGGUACGUCAACCAGGGACGAAUCGAAGAAGGAUUAAGGUUAUUCGUGGAAGAAAUUCGAACAAAUUUACGAAGUUUGACUCCGGCGCAUAUUAUCUUGAUCAUCAACAUUGUUGCUGUUGGACUUCUGGUCGUGUUCUUAGUCUUUUUCUUGCAUUUGAGUGACGUGGAACUGAACGUCUGGGGACGCGAGAAACAGUGGUUUGUGAUGGACGUUAUAGUCAAAUUGGUAACGGGCGUGUGGGUUAUUCAGGGAUUAUUCUAUGCAAUCAGUCACAUUCUUGAUAAAGUUUCUAUCUGGGUGGCCGCCAUUUGCACGAUAGCAGCAGCGGGUUGCAUAGCAAUAUACCUCACCGAGGAUAAAAUCUUUCCUGGAAGAUAUUUUAAUGACAAGGUGAAUUUUACUGGUUGAUUUCCUUUUAAAUAUUAAAGCAUUAAUCAAAAUUUUGUUUCAUUUUUACAUUUUUUGUAAAUAAAU